AACAUUUUUCUUUGUUGAAGCUCUGUUCUAGUUUCUCAGACAUCCAUCAAACAACGGACAGCAAGCAGUAGCAGGUAAUCAAGAAAGCAUUUCCAGGUGUUUUGGAGUGGCACAUUGGCAAUGGACCAGAAUAGUGUGGAACUGCAGGCAAAAGAAAUUCUUAAACUUCUCAAGGAAAAACAUGUGUCAACAAUUGUUCUUUCUGGGAAAUCAGGAACUGGAAAAACAUGGAUGGCAAGAAAAGUUGGUCUGCUUGCAGUCACAAAUGAAAGAGUUGACAUUAUGCUUUGGAUUUCUUUGAGUUUUAGGCAUGAUGAGAUGUCUCUCUAUGAGCAUAUUGCUCGUCAGUUGUCUCUACUUUCCACUUCUGCGGAGCUGGAAAUUGAUGAUAUCGAGCAGGUACGGAAUGACAAUGGUAAGGAGGAAACCUUGGAUGACUUGAAAGGAAAGGUGCAGAAAAAACUUUCAGCAAGUAAUGUUCUUCGAGGGAUACUUGUAAUUUUGGAUGAUGAAGGAAACAAAAUGAAAGAAGGGGAUCGAGACUUACAACAAGUCCUUCAGUUUAUCCGGCAGAACGCCUAUCAGCCGUCAAUAGAAGUUGCUGAUGGAGAUGGACAGCAAAAACUUAAGGUUCUAAUAACUUCUAGGAAUGAAGAUACGAGGCACCAAACUCGGGGGGAUAAGAAAGUGAUUGACAUGAAACGUCUAACUCCAGAAAUGUCAAUUUCUUUGUUAAAGCAAGGGGCUGUGGCAAAAGUUUUUGAAAUUUCAGGUGUUGAAAUUUUAGUUAAAAGCUUCAUCGAUAAAAAAGAAGGUCUUACACCUGGAGAAGUAGCCUUGCUAGCAAACCUACUAAAUUACUAUCAACAUGAUUCCAAAGUGCAGGAUCUGCAACAGGCUUUGGAAGAAGCAUGGGGUGGUGAUGACUACAAUUACACCCUGUUGCUCUCAAGUGGAUAUGAAAGGGUGUCAGACGGUAUUUUAGUUGACUUUUCUUGGCAGGGCAGCCAUUUUUUCCGCGACCAUGGAUCUAUUCACUACGGUGAGCUGAUAUCAUACUGGAUACUAGAAGGAUAUCUUAGUCCUUUUAACAGUCUUGAGGAGGCUUAUGAGGAGGGGCACCGCAUUUUGAUGCAGCUUAUGUACUGUCAAAUGCUGAAAGAAGUAAGUGAUGAUUUCCUCCAAAUGGUCAGCGGAACUGUACUUAUUAACUACCAUCGUCAGGGAUAUGGUGGAAUCGCUAAUCUGGGGUUGGCUAAUGUUCUUGUGAAUGGUAAUGAUUGGCAUGGUAUUGGAAAAGUCACUUUGAUGGAUGGUAUGAUCAGAACACUUGUCAAUCAUAAAAAAGUGCAGCCAUUAAAAGUACUUUUACUUGACGGGAGCUGUCUCAGCGGGCAACAUCUGAAUAGUCUCCUACUGAACAAUCAGGAGCUGCAAAUUCUGGGUCUUUUCAGCCUCAGAAUUAUAUCAUUGCCUCGUUGCUUCUGCCACUUGAAAAAAUUGAACGUUCUUGUGCUCAGGGACUGUGAUUUCUUAGAAAAGAUUGAUGAAAUUGGAGAACUAAUGACAUUAACUGUCCUUGAAGUAUCUGGUUCUGGCUUGGUGAAAAGUAUGCCAAAAAACUUUUUUCAGCACCUGAAGAAACUUCGUAGCCUCCACUUCUCCGACUUUCAGAUUGAAGUCAUGCCUGAUUCUUUUUAUCACCUUACAGAACUCAGCUGGCUCAUUCUAAAAAGGUUUUCUCAUUUAACAAAGUUGCAGAGCCUGAAAAAGUGUCAAAACCUUAUGGUUGUUGAUCUUUCUGGUGCUGCCUCCUUGCCAACUUUUCCAGAAAAGAACUUGAAAUCAUUGCCGAAACUUCAAACAUUAAAUCUUUCAAACUCCAAGAUCAAACCUUUGCCUAUUUUUCAUGAAACUGGAGAGCUUACUCAUCUAUCAGUUAGCGGUUGUAGCAACAUGGAUAGAGUGCCCAGCAUUCGGUCUCUAACUAAUCUGCAAGUUCUUGAUCUUUCAUGGUCAACCAUAGUGGAGUUCCACGACAAGUCAUUUCAGAAUAAUACAAGUCUGAAGAUCCUUGAUUUAUCUGGAACUGCUAUUCCUUCAUUACCUUUUAACAUCGGUAAACCUCGUGAGUUCUAUUUGAAAAAUUGCUCUGAGAUAAAAUACAUGAAUUGUGUUGAAUCUUCCGAAGAACUAGAGAUACUUGAUUUUUCAGGUGCCUGUAAUCUUGUAAAAAUUGAAGGAAAGUUCUUUGAAUGUUUAGAAAAUCUCCGAGUCCUCAACCUGUCAGGAACAAAAGUCAAAGAUCUACCAUCCCUUUCUGCUCUCCACAACCUCCGUCAGCUGUUACUUUCAUGUUGUCUGAAUCUGGAGAAGUUGCCAAGGUUGGCUUCAAGCAAACUGGAAGAGCUCGAUCUAUCUGGCUGUAAGGCAAUGACAAUGAUAGAAGAUAAAUCUUUUGAGCACCUACCUCGCCUUCGUCGGCUUGUCCUCUCUCAAACAAAGAUUGUACACUUACCAGAACUCAACUCCCUCUCAAAUCUUGAGGAGCUAAAUCUGAGUGGUGUUAAAUCAUUUACCGGAACUGAUUUCAUAGAGCACAUGAGUAAACUUCAGGUUCUAAACCUCUCCGAGACCUUGCUUAAAGAGCUACCUGCCUUAACGAAUCUCAAAAGCCUUAAGCAUCUGUUUUUGAGGGGCUGUGGACAACUAGAGGUUCUCCCUGUCUUGGAAGUACUUCACAACCUUGAGACUCUUGAUCUUUCUCAAACAGCACUGAGGCAACUGCCGUUUGUAGGAAGUUUGAGUAACCUGCAUAAACUGUUGCUCAGUGACUGUUCAAAAUUGGAAAACUUUAAAAACCACAAGCUGCUUGACAUGUCUGGAGUUGAAAAUCUCCCUUGUGGAAUCUCAAGAUUGACUCAGCUGCAACAUCUUGCUUUACCUAGUAUGAAGGAAGACAUCCAAGCAGCUGACACCAGUGAGGUAACUAGCUGGAAGCAAAAGCCUAGUGCAUCACAUUGGUCCUUCUCCGUUGUGGAUCGAACGGUACCAAACACUAGCAGAUCUUUACUUUCUUAUAACGGUUCACUAUUUCUUGAAUUUCUGGACAGCAAUCCUUCUGUAUUGGACUCAACCUCAAAUCAUUUCCAUCUCUUUGUUCAUCCUACUGAGGUGCAAAAUGGUGCAAGGGACAUGCUCUUCCAGAGGGAUGAAUUGGUUUUUAGAGAUGUCUAUCUAUUAACUAGGCAUUGCUCUAAAUCUCAAGGCCGGUUAGUGGAGAUUCAUCAUCUGAGUGCUUUUUCCGAGGGCAUUGAGGCUGUACUUCAUAAUGCUGAGUAUAUAUUCUUGUUUGAUAGUUUGUUUUUCAAAUCAUUUUCUGAUUUAGGUGCUGGCAACGUCAAGACGUUGAAAGGUUGUUGGAUUGAGGGAUGUGAAAAUAUGGAGUUCAUUAUCGAGACGAGUGACUUAGUAGACAGUAGCGAACGGGGGAUAGCACUUGAGAUUUUAUGGAUUUCAAAUGCAUCGAGUUUAAGGAGCAUGUACAGUGAAAGCCUGCGGUUGGGGAGCUUUCAGAAUCUGAAGUGCUUGUAUCUAGAUUGCUGCCCAAAGCUGUUGAGUGUUUUCUUUUCAUCCCACCUGCUGCAGAUGCUUGAAAUUCUUCAUGUCAGAUUUUGCGAGAAUUUGGUGGCUUUGUUUGGAGAUGAUGUAGAAGAGCAUGAAUUGCCAAACUUACGAACAUUGCAUUUGUGGGAACUACCAAAACUGAAAAGCAUUGGGUGCAUAAUGCCGUCUCUACAAAGUCUAGAAGUAGUCGAGUGUCCCAUGCUUGGCCACAUGCUAUCUUCACGUCAUGUACCAGAAAAACUUGAGGUCCUUAAAGUCAGAAAUUGUAGUGAGUUGGGCAAUUUGCUUGAAGGAUUGACAUCAGAAAACUGCAAAUUGCCUCAUCUAGCUGAAGUUCACCUGUGGGGAUUACCAAAGCUGACAAGAAUUGGGAUUGAAUCACCCUUGUUGAGAUCUUUAGAAAUUGGAGAUUGUUCUGUGCUUUUACAUGUUAGUUAUAUGCCAGAAAACCUGGGGGUCCUCAAGGUCAGAUUCUGUGACAACUUGGAAGCUAUAUUUGUUGGCAUGACAUCUGAAAAUUUCAUACUGCAAAGCUUACAUACAGUUCAUCUUUGGGGUUUACCAAAGCUGGUCGGCAUUGGUGCCAGAUUGCCACCUCUCCAGAAGUCCAUUAUCAGGGACUGUCCCAAACUAGCUCUCCCGGUGUCAUGAUUGGCCGGCUCUUUAACCACAUCGCAAGAUUUGUAUGGCAUAAUUUCCUAGCAAAUGCUAAAGGGAAGAUGUUAGCUGCACUGUGAAUGGUAGAGGAAUGUAUUCUUAGCAUGGAACAAGCUGUUCCAAACCAGAUUGCUUUGUUUGCUGUUAACAUGGGCAGGAAUUGUCCCAAACGCAGUUUAAUACCAGUCAUGAUAUGUGCUUGAUUGGCUAUUGGAGUACUUGCAAAAUUAUUUUAUAUAGCGUGUAGCAAUAUCAUUUAGGUGACUGUCGGCUCUCUAAUUUGAAUUUCAAGCUCUCUUCAUUUUUCCUUUCU